AUGACAAAACCUGAGCCUUCAUCCCAUCCUGACAAACCUGAGCCUUCAUCCCAUCCUGCCACACCUGAGCCUUCGUCCCAUCCUGCCACACCUGAGCCUUCAUCCCAUCCUGCCACACCUGAGCCUUCAUCCCAUCCUGCCACACCUGAGCCUUCAUCCCAUCCUGACAAACCUGAGCCUUCAUCCCGUCCUGCCACACCUGUGUCCAUUGUGACACCCACCUCCUCAGGACCGAAUCCUUCAGGCUCUGGUUUUCUAAACUGUACCUUGGAUCCCUCAGUUGUCAAAAAUGUGAAAGAUGCAUGGGAAGGGGAAAACAGUGGUGUUCUUGUGUCCAAAAUUGGACCAUAUAAGUUAUUUUUUGGUGACAUUUUCAACACGGCCCCUCAAAGAGAACUGGAAAGUGAGAUUGACCCGGUUUUAUACAAGUACGUCCUAGGGAUAGUCAAUGAGAGCCAUCACUGGAUGCUAGUGGUCAUGUUACCAGGAGAGAAGAGGAGUCUUUUCCUGGAUCCAUUGGGUGAGAGCACAUCCAAAAUAAAUCACUGCAAAGACAUUUCCAGGUAA